CUUCCCAAUUUGCGCCACUACCCUGAUUUGCUUUCCCCUGCUACGCCUAUCAAGUCCCGUUCUUUCUCCUCCAUCUCCACGGAUUUCACCCUCCAUCCCUGACAAGCUGUUCGCCCAUCGCCGCGUGAAAUCUUUGGAGGGUAAAUUAAGGGCAAAUUUGCUCAUCUCAACACGCUUUGAAUCCUUCCCUCCCCCAGAUUACGUCAAUUGGGAAAAGAAAAGCUCAUUAAACAAACACUUCCCUCCUGGCACCUGCCAGUCGAAUCACGCCAAGAAUCAAUCAACCUUGCUCAUUCUUUCAGAAAGCAAUAAAGAACACAAAGUCGCUCACUCUCGCAUUUCCUGAUUUUGAAGCUUCUCCUUCUUCCGGGUUCUCGCCUGCAAAGCAGCUGUUGAAAGAGGCGGGUGGAACUUCGUGACGGUAUCAGUUUUUUUUGUUUAAUCGCGCCCUUGUUCCUGCAUUGCUUCGAUCUAUCGUUGUCGGUGGGGUGGUGUUCUUUGUCUUUCUCUGCCGUUACAUUUGUGGGGGAGUAGGGAGUGAAUUCAAGAUCUAAUGAUGGUCUGGGUCAUUUUAUAACGUCUUGGGGGUGUUUGCGAGCUUAUAAGUACAUGGAAAUGGAGGUUAAUGGGGAAGGUUCAUCGGGCGGGGGCUCCAGUUCGGAUCAGUUACAGAAAGAGGGAUCUGAAGUUACCCAUGUCCAGAAACUUCAGCUGGAUGCAUCUCAGCACGAGUUUCAUCCGAUGAAUGCACUGGAGAUCCUGAGAGAAACAGUGAGGAUUCUCCGGUUCAAUGCUGCAUCUUUUAUGCUCAUCGCUACUUUCCUCGUUUGCCCAAUUUCCGCCCUACUCUUGUCCAAUGUGUUGGUUGAUCAAUCCGUUGUGAAGAGACUUACCAUUAGGUUGACGUUGGUUGCCAAGUCCAGUGGCCUUCCGUUGAAGCCUUUGAUCAAACACUCGUGUCACCGUUUAGCCGAGAUGGUUGUCUCAUCAGCAAUGUGCUUCCCUUUCUUUCUCACUUUCUCUUUAUCAUCCAAAGCUGCUGUAGUUUACUCAGUGGACUGCACUUAUUCGAGGAAAGAAGUUGAUGUCUCCAAGCUAUUGGCGAUAAUUUGCAAAAUCUGGAAGAGGGUCGCUUCAACAUAUGUAUGGUCAAGUAUGGUGAUCUGUGGCUGUGUCACAUUAUUCGUUGUUCUUCUACUAGCACUAUGCAGUACGUUUUCAGCAUUUGGUCUUUGGGCAGAGUUGAAUCUCUAUGCUGCAAUGUUGGUAGGGCUUGGUUUCUCGGUUGUUUUCGCCAAUGCAAUCAUAAUCUGCAACAUUGCUGUUGUCAUCUCCGUGCUGGAGGAUGUUUCAGGCCUGCAGGCAUUGCUUCGGUCAAGUAAUUUGAUCCGGGGCCAGACUCAAGUCGGGCUUCUGAUAUAUCUCGGAUCGACAAUCGGUACAGCUUUUGUGGAAGGUUUGUUUGAGCAUAGAGUGAAGACAUUGAGUUAUGGAGAUGGGUCUUCCAGAAUAUGGGAAGGCCCUCUUCUGGUGAUCAUGUACUCAUUUGUGGUACUUGUUGACAUGAUGAUGAGUGCAGUUUUCUACUAUAGUUGUAAAUCGUAUAGGCUGGAGGCUGCAGAGGAAUGCCAGUCGAUGCUAGAGACCAUCACUGUCUCCCCUGAUUCGGUUGAAGUUCAGCAACAUGGUGGAGCUUUCUCGAGUUUGAUAAAGGAGAAAACAACAACACUUUCUGAAGAGUAGGAGAGAGCGGUUCGGAUGUUUACUUUCUGUGGAACUUCUGAUUCUGCAGCGGAUGGCUCAGUGUUCUUCUGUUGAAACGGAAGUAAUUCAGUGAGCGGCGUGGCAGCAAGCUAUAAGAAAAGGAAACUGUAGAACUUGGAUGGAGUUUUUAGACUGAGGAUGUGAACAGAAGCUGCUGGAGGUGAAGUCCAAUUUUUCUGUUUCUCCUCAACUUUGCAUAUAAUGUUGUAUUGUUGUCUCACAUGGUAGAGAGAAUUCAGUUUCGGGAGGUGAUUUUUGUGUUGUACUUCAUCGGAAGAUGGUUGUUCCCAGUUUAGGUUGAGAGAAGAUUAUACAGCAUACGUCUGUGAAUCGAAACUGAAAAUGAUUCAUUCACUUACAUCAGGCAUCUGUAAUUCUUUGUUGUUUCAUAGUUAGUCUUUCCAUCAAUGAAUCACCAUUGUUCUGAAAGGCCUGUCUCUGAGUUUUUGUAUUCUGUACUCCCCCAUACAGCUAGUUUUUCCAGUGCCGAUGUCUUUGAGAAUUGUUUCAAUGUACUUGUUCGUAGUAUUAUGAUCUCAGAUGGUAGAGAGAAUUCAGUCCGGAGAGGUGAAUUGUUUGUUCCGUACUCCAUCACAUACUACAUCGAAAGAUGGUUGCUCCCAGUUUAGGUCCAGAGAGAAGAUUAUACAGCAUAUAUAUGUGAAUCGAAACUGAAAAUGCUCCAUUCACUUACAUCAGUCAUCUGUAAUUUUUUGUUGUUUCAUAUGGUAGUCUUUCCAUCAAUGAAUCACCAUUGUUCUGUAAGGCAUGUCUCUUGUGUUUUUGUUUUCUGCACUCUCCAUACAGGAUACAGCUAGUUUGUCCAAUGCCUUUGGUCUUUGAAAAGUGUUUCAAGGUACUUGUUCUUAGUAUUAUGAUCUCACAGUAUCAGAUUUCUGGUUCCAGUACGAUCAAUCCCAGAUUACUUCCCUUCUGUCAAUUCCAUUGAGCUGGAUGCUAAAUUACAGAUGCUGAAGAACCACAAUAAGGAUUCAUAUGAUAC